CAACAAUACUUUUUUGUUUUCGAUAAAGCACGAAAGCAGUUCGGCACAGCUUCUUCCAAAUUCUAGACGAGCACGAGCACGAGCUCGAGCUCUUAGAUCGGUUGUUGUCGGAGAUUAAGAUUACUCAGUUUCCGCCAUGAAAGAAGACUACGAGGUUGAAGAAAGAAAGCAAGCAGCUGCUGAUGUCUUGGAUCAGUACUCAAAGUUUGUCAUGGCAUGCAUUGGAAAUCAGGUUCGGCCUUGCGACCUGAGGCUCCAUUUGAUGAAGGAGAUAUCGGGAUUGCCUACAUCAUUGAAGAGGGACUCUUUCCCAUCACCGGCUACUUCCGAAGCAAUGGGUGAGUCAUCGAGCUCUGGCACAGCAAGGCUCGACAAAGCAGAUAGUUUUCAGGCACUAUAGGAAAGACAUUCUAUAUAGAUGGUUCCUUACUAGGUUGUGGGAAUUCAGGCACUAUUUCUUUAUGAUUGAGAAAUCUAUGCGACUGUUAAUAUCAUUACAAGACAGAAGUUCGAUAGACCCAAAUUAUUUCAUGGAAUAAAUGAUGUGCUGUUAUAUAUACAUGAAGAUGCUUUAUCA